UUGCGGUCUGUUAUUUGUGGACUACUAGUAUGUAAGGACAUUACAGAAGAAAGAUGCAAUUUUCAGUUAGACCCCAAAGGAAUUGCUUCGAUAUAUUUUUGCAUUGGCGAUGCAUUGUUGGAUUUGGAUGGCACACCAAUACCAUUCAAUGAUAUUGAGUUUGUUCGAGGAUAUACGCAGAAAUUUAACAAGAAUAACCGUUUCACUGUUGUCAUUGAGCGUCCUCUCGGUACACAAGCGCUUUUUAUGUACAACAUGCUGUUCAAGCUUAUGCUCCCACAAGAGUCUGAUGUCGAAAUGGGCCCGGAUGCUGUGCUUAUUGGAAAAGAAGCAGCCAAUAUGCAUCGAAUGGUGUUUAGAAGAUUGAAGCCUAGGAGUGUUUACGGACCAAGAGGUACGCUUCGCUACUUUCAGAAAUGUAGUAACUGCGCUAUAAUUCAAAAGGUUCAUGGUACCUUCGCUAAUAAAUGUGCACCAAGCGCCUUACAGAUAUUUUUAUUAUAG